GCCGGGGCCGGGUGGGAGUCGGAGCCGGAGCCGCAGCCGCAGCCGCGGUAGCGCCGAGUCGCCGCGGAAGGAGGGCGGCAGCCGCCGCGACCUGCUCCGUUCAACCGAGCCCAGCCCAGCCGCACUCUCUCCGCUGCUCGCCCCGCCACCCGCCCCGCUGCCAUGGGGUAGGGGGCGGCGGCGGAGGCGCGGGGGGACGCCGUCAGGCUGCAGCCGCCGGCGGAGCGUGGAGCGGUGCCCCGCGGUGCCGGGGCACACGAGGGGCGGCCGCGGCGGGGCUGGCAAGGAAGGCCGGACAGAGGGGACUGCCCCGGUGCAAGCGCGGCGGCGGCGGCAGGCGGAGAGAUGAUCGCGGAGUUGUUGAGUAGCGCUUUGGGGCUCGCCCUGUACCUCAACACCCUGGGCGCCGACUUCUGCUACGAUGACAGUCGAGCUAUCAAGACAAACCAGGACCUUCUGCCUGAGACACCAUGGACCCAUAUCUUCUACAAUGACUUUUGGGGAACAUUGCUCACUCACAGUGGGAGCCACAAGUCCUACAGACCUUUCUGCACACUAUCCUUCCGCAUGAAUCAUGCUGUUGGAGGGAUGGACCCAUGGGGCUACCACCUUGUAAACGUCCUGUUACAUGCUGCAGUCACAGGCCUUUUCACAAACUUCUCCAGGAUCCUGUUUGGGGAUGGGUACUGGACUUUGAUAGCAGGCCUGCUGUUUGCAUCCCACCCCAUCCACACAGAAGCCGUAGCAGGGAUCGUAGGGAGGGCAGACAUUGGAGCCUGCCUCUUCUUUCUACUUUCCCUGAUGUGUUACGUGAAGCACUGCUCUACCAGAGGUUCCUCACCAAGUACUUGGGGCUGGAUCUUGGGAGCAGGGCUGUGUGCAGGGUGCAGCAUGCUGUGGAAGGAGCAAGGAGUGACUGUUCUGGCCAUUUCUGUGGUGUACGAUAUCUUUGUAUUUCAUCGACUGAAAAUUCAUCAGCUCAUUCCUGUUUUCUACAAGAGAAAGAAUUUGACCCUCUUCUUCAGCAUUGCUUUGUUGACCUCCUGGGGGACUGCACUACUGGGUGUCCGCUUAUACUGGAUGGGCAACAAGCCCCCAAGUUUUUCCAAUUCUGACAAUCCAGCAGCUGACUCAGACAGUCUUCUCACACGUACACUAACCUUCUUUUAUCUGCCAACCAAGAACCUCUGGCUGUUGCUGUGUCCAGAUACUCUCAGCUUUGACUGGUCUAUGGAUGCCGUGCCUCUUCUGAAAGCAGUCAGUGACUGGAGGAAUCUACACACUGUGGCCUUCUAUGCUGGACUUCUCCUCCUUGCCUACUUUAGCAUGAAGGGCUCCAGCAAUGAGAGAGAAUGCAAUGGGAAAACUGUAAUGAAUGGCAAGCAGAAUGCUAAUGGGCAUAGCUUCCACUCAGAGAUGGAGUGCAAGACACUGGAGGUGAAGUCAGGCUUCGCAUCAAAAGAAGAGAAUGGUAUAAAAAAGCAUGAAAUGCAGAAACUACAGCUUCCUUCAACUGAGAACAUUGUCAUUCUGUCUCUGUCUUUGUUAAUAGUGCCCUUUGUUCCUGCCACAAACCUAUUUUUCUACGUUGGCUUUGUAAUAGCAGAGCGUGUGCUGUAUGUUCCUAGCAUGGGCUUCUGCCUACUGGUUACAGUAGGUGUCAGGGCCCUUUAUGUGAAAGCCCAAAAGCGCUUUCUGAAGAACUUGGUCUUUUGUUCCACUGCUGCAUUAAUUGUUUUCUAUGGACUCAAGACUGUUGUCAGGAAUGGAGACUGGCAGAAUGAGGAGAUGCUGUAUAGGUCAGGGAUCAAAGUAAACCCUGCCAAAGCAUGGGGUAACCUUGGAAAUGUUCUCAAGAGCCAGAGCAAGAUUUCUGAAGCUGAAAGCGCCUAUAGAAAUGCCUUGUACUACCGCAGCAACAUGGCCGAUAUGCUUUAUAAUUUAGGAUUACUACUUCAGGAAAACAGCAGGUUUUCGGAGGCGUUGCAUUACUAUAAACUGGCGAUUGGUAGCAGACCCACCCUAGCUUCUGCUUAUUUAAAUACUGGUAUCAUCCUGAUGAACCAAGGGAAGAUAGAGGAAGCCAGGAGGACUUUUCUGAAGUGUUCAGAGAUCCCUGAUGAAAAUUUGAAAGAUCCUCAUGCUCAUAAAAGCUCUGUUACUAGCUGUCUUUAUAACCUAGGAAAACUUUUUCAUGAACAAGGACACUAUGAGGAUGCCCUAACGGUUUACAAAGAAGCAAUACAGAAAAUGCCAAGGCAGUUUGCACCACAGAGCUUAUACAACAUGAUGGGAGAAGCCUAUAUGAGACUCAGCCGGCUGCCAGAAGCAGAGCACUGGUACGUGGAAUCACUGCGAUCCAAGAGUGACCACAUCCCAGCCCAUCUCACCUAUGGAAAACUGCUGGCUCUGACGGGACGCAAGAGUGAGGCAGAAAAGUACUUCGUGAAGGCUAUUCAGUUGGAUCCUACCAAAGGAAACUGCUACAUGCAUUAUGGUCAGUUCCUUCUAGAGGAAUCCCGCCUGAUAGAAGCAGCUGAGAUGGCAAAAAAAGCAGCUGAACUUGAUAAUACAGAAUUUGAUGUAAUUUUCAAUGCAGCCCAUAUGCUCAGACAAGCUAGUCUCAAUGAAGAAGCUGAGAGGUAUUAUGAAAUGGCAGCAGGAUUAAGACCUAAUUAUCCAGCUGCCUUAAUGAAUCUUGGAGCUAUUCUCCAUCUGAAUGGUAAACUGAAAGAGGCAGAAGAGAACUACCUCCUUGCUCUUCAACUUAAACCUGACGAUGUAAUCACUCAGUCCAAUCUUCGCAAACUGUGGAAUAUCAUGGAGAAACAAGGUUUGAAGACAUCCAAAACGUGAUGAUGAAGACACUCAACUUUUUUUUUUUUUUAAUUUGAUUAAAACCAUGAACUAGAACUUAUACACACUUGUCCGAUCAGAGAACUCAUUGGACUUGACUGCAAGGAUCAGAAGUCUUAAUUGCUGCUAGAAGAAACUAUUCUGCUUUUUUGACGUACCUUUUUUGCCAGAUAAAUAGAAAAAGGGAGACUUUGAGAUAUUCAUGAAGGACUUGUUACCCUAUAAAAAUAUUUGGAACCAUAGCACUUGAGAGAAAGUGUUUUGGCAUAUUUGAUCUUUGCCAGUCCCGUGUUGCUCACUUUUGUGUGAGUACUUGAAAGCUAUAUGCUGUCAUAGAAAUACCAAGGGAAAUUGUACAAUAUACACUAAACCAUAUGGGAGUAAAAGUGGUAAUAGUAGGUUAUUUUGCUGAUACUGUAACUCAUUAAAAUGUAUACGAAAUCUAGCGUGUUUGCAGUUUGUCUUAAUGCUGCUGUAUCUCACUUUCGGACCACUUGCUUAGCAAUUUCGCAACUUAUAUGGCCAAAUUUUUUCAAACCUGUCACUUCUGAUUAGAUAACAGCUUUCAAAAUUGUUUACUGAGAAUAUACAUAUUAUUUCAAGUUGUUAAGUUUUAAUGCAGUUUUCUCAAGAGACACAGUCACAUGGCUGUGGGCUAGAUAGAAUGUGCAAGGAAUUGCCCAUAUUCUACAUCAGAGGUGUAUGUAGAGUCAUGAAAAAAUAAAAAUGUCCAGAGAUGUGAUUUAGCAAUACGAGCAAGACUAGUGUAUGCACUGAUAUCAAAUGAGUGUGGUCACACUGUUAUCUUAACAAAAAAAUCUUAUUAUAGGACAAUGUGUUUUACUCUCUUCACAUUGCUAUCAGAUAAGACCUACUUUGAACUGGGUUCUGCAUACGGUAUUUUUGCAAUAACAGCCAAGUGAGAUUUGAAAAUAUCAGUGCUACAAAUGAAACUUUAUGAGCAACUCGGAGAAAAGGGAAUGUUACACAUUGGUGAGGCUACGCUUUAAACAGUGUAGAUCAAAAUAAAUCUAUAAAGGGGGUUGCCUUUUCACUUUUCACAUUGGUGGUGUUUUAAAAUAUAUUACCCAUUUAGAUUUUAACCAAAUAUUAGCAUUCUGGUUUUAUGCCGAUGUGUGCUAGCAGCAGAGUUGUCAAAUAUGCUUUUGGUGAGGUUCAAUUUAUUUCUAUUUCAGUUACCAUUUUAGUCUUCAGUUUUAAAAUGUACAAAUAAUUUAUUUUAAAUUGCAGUGUAUUGAAGCUUUAGUCAUAUUUCUCCAGGCCAUUUGUUAACUGCUUUCUUUCUUUGAGUAAGAGUUAUUGCUUGUAAGGAAGUGUACUAUUUCAUUUAAUGAACUGUUGGUAUCUGCUUCAGCGUUUUUUUCAUAAUGAUAGAUAUAAUGUUAAAGUGGUAGAGCACCUUGAACUGAAGCUUCUUCAGGAUCUUCUGUUAAAAACUCUUUAUUACAGAGGAAAGUUUGGAUUUCAGUGUUUUGUUUUGUUUGGUGUUUCUUUUUUCUUUUUUUUUGACUGUUUAGCACCAUUCCAACAAAACUAAAAAGAAGAAUACUUUGCUGUAUUUAUUUAUUUAUUACUUGACUGCAGCAAUGUUACCUGCCAUUAACACAACAGUCUGUAAUUGUUGCUAUUUCUUUUAUAUGGCUUGCUUUGCAUUUUUUGAGCAUAGUGUGCGUGCUCUAUUGGAAAGGAGACACUUCAGUUAUACUCUACCUUCUUGUUCAUUCUCCCCUUACACUUGGAUUUUAAAUCUGUAUUGAAAUAGAUAGGGGGUUGCUGUUUCGAAGUCAGUCUUGUAAAAAAUUGUAGUAGUGUAUAUUUCCUUUUCUUUCCUCUUGCUCACUAAAAUAACAUCAGUUGCUAAGUUUACAACUGGCCUAACAGAAGAGCCAGAAGGGCAAGAUUGUUUGGUUUUGUGGAGUGUGUCUUUAUCAAAUGAUGUUAUGGCCGAAAAAGCAAAAUUGAAGGGUCAAUAGUUGGAUUUCUACUUCAUCAUUGAAACCAGUGUUAAAGUACAAUGGUAGCUUGAACUUACUCUCAUGCUUUACUGACUUUCUGGAAAAAAAGUCUAGAAAUAAAUUAGAUAGUAACUAUAACUGAAUUCAAUAUAAAACUGUGGUAUCCUGCGGCUUUAUUUGCUCAACAGCCAUCAAAAUUUGAUGGCUUCUUGGUCUUAACGAUUCAUUUUGUUAUUUGUCUACUGCAACUUGUACUCAUUCUUGUUUAGUAAUUUUUACUCAUUGCACAAAAAGGGGAAAGGGGGAGCACCUCUAUGAUGCAGUGUCACGCUCACAUUGCUAACUGGUUCUAGUCGUUUCUAUAAAAAAAGAAAAGAAAAGAAAGAAAAAAGGACUAGCAUAAAUUUAAGAAUGUCCCUGAAUACAUUUUUUUUUAAUACAGAUCUGAGCUUGAUAACUUUCUUCUUUUGGGAUAAAUUUAAAACAUGUUUAAAAUAUGUCUCUUUGCUCAGGGAUUUAUGGUGGAUUAUUGCAGACAGUGCUAAAAAAAAAUAAAAGAGCACAAGACAAGUUUACUAAAUUAAAAUUUUAUUUUUUG